UAUAAAACUACCAUGUAGCAAGUGGUAAGUGGUAAGAGGCAAGUGGAAAAAAGGCCAACAGUAACAUUUGAGCAGUCUUGCAACGAUGGAAAAAGGAGCAAUAAGAUUUGGAAUCUUAGGGUGCGCUGAGAUAGCAAGGAAGGUUUCAAGGGCCAUCAACCUUGCUCCAAACGCCACACUCUACGCCGUUGGAAGCCGAUCCCUGGAAAAGGCUUCGAAGUUUGCAGCUUCCAAUGGAUUCCCUUCCGAUGCGAAGGUCUAUGGCUCUUACGAAGCAGUUCUGGAAGACCCUGACGUUGACGCCGUUUACGUGCCGCUUCCGACGAGCUUGCACCUUCGUUGGGCUGUGCUUGCGGCGCAGAAGAAGAAGCACUUGCUGCUUGAGAAACCAGUGGCUCUGAACGUGGGUGAACUUGAUAAGAUAUUGGAGGCCUGUGAAUCCAGUGGUGUGCAGUACAUGGACGCUACCAUGUGGAUGCACCAUCCCAGAACACCCCAAAUGCUUCAAUUUCUCUCCGAUCCCCACCACUUUGGUCGCCUUCAAUCGGUACAUGCUACCUUUAGUUAUGGUGUUACUCCUUAUUUUCUAGAGAACGACAUUCGUGUAAAGCCAGAUCUUGAUGCACUAGGAACUCUUGGUGACACUGGGUGGUAUUGUGUGAGGGCAAUCUUGUGGGCUGCAAACUAUGAGUUACCCAAAACAGCACGUGCCUUGAGCAAACCUGUGUAUAACGAAGCUGGAGUCAUUCUAGCUUGUGGGGCUUCUCUAACGUGGGAAGAUGAAAAAGUAGCAACAUUUUAUUGUUCCUUUUUAUCAGACAUGGCAAUGGAUAUAAGUGCAAUGGGGACAAAAGGGUCCUUGCGAGUUCACGAUUAUGUUAUUCCUAAUCAAGAGAAGGAAGCCACAUUUUCCACAUGUUCGAAUUCUCACUAUGUUGAACUAGGUUUAGGUUGGGCUCCAAACCCAAUUGUGCAUGCUAUACACACAGAUCUCCCUCAGGAGGCACUCAUGGUGAAGGAAUUUGCUCAAUUGGUUGGGGAAAUUAAGUUCAACAACUCAAAGCCUGAGGACAAGUGGCCAACCAUUAGCAGGAAAACUCAAGUGGUCAUUGAUGCAGUGAAGGCUUCAAUUGGCAAUGGCCUUGAACCUGUUCAAAUUCAGGGUUAGGUAACUCUAUUUGAAUUGGGGUCUUAUCUCUCAGUUAGUGUGCCAAAUAAGAAAGUAUCUUAUGAUAACGGAGAAUCGGAUAUGCCUCUUGUUACAUCGAGUAUGCAGUGUGAUUUCUCGACUUCUAUCCUUAGUUUGAGUCCCAAUAAGCUAUUGUUAGCACUUCAAGCAUAUGAUCAAUCGCCAAAGAGUGUUUCACAAUCUCUUGGUCGAUGACCUUUGAUUGAGCAUACGCUUUUUGUGUGGAUGUUCUGUGUCUGUAUCUUAUGUUUUCUCUUUGGCUGGUUUUAUGAGUAGCUUGUUCAAUAGAUUUGUCCAUUUUC